AUGGGACCUCUACGAUCCAGACAUGUAUAUGUCGCUGAAGGGGAGUCCAGGACGCGGAAUUUUCUAGAUGGAGGUAACGAUCCAAUGUUCAACCGGAACAGGAAGGACAUAUUCUUCGCCGUCCGGGAUGAGUUGCCAACUCCGCCUCCUACUACCACCCCCUCCGAUCGACGCAACUACAAUCUGUGGUGUGAUUACCACAAAGAACAAGGCCACACUUUUGCCCAAUGCCGCGAACUCAAACGUAUCCUACAUCAAUUGGCCGAUGAGGGUAAGCUGUCGAGGUUCAUCAACCGGAGGGAUUUUGAUGCAAGAAGAGACGCGGAAAGGAGGCCGUGGAAUCAAAGACAAUACCCUACCAUCCGCGCCGCAAGAGAUAGCAUCCACACUCUGCUAAAAGGACCUGCAAAAGCCACAUCAAGUGGACCGACCAUGAGGUUCGAUGCCACCACCUCCCAAACGCUGCAACAACCACAUACCGACCCUCUGGUGGUUACCCUCAAAAUUGGGCAAAUGAAUGUCAAGAGGGUACUGGUAGAUACCGGAAGCACGGCUGAACUUAUAACGAUGAAUGUCACACUGAAAAAGAUGAAGUUCGAAGAAAAGCACCUACAACCCCUCGAUAAACCUUUGAUCGGGUUUGGGGGAAAUCAAGUCAUCCCACUAGGCACCAUCAUCCUCCCCGUACGAGUAGGGGAAAAGGACGGGAGCAGAACAAUGCCCAUACGAUUCACGGUCGUGGAUCUCACAUUCCCCUAUAACGCCAUCAUGGGCUGCCACUCAUCAACAAGAUCAAGGCCGCAAUCUUUCCUCAUCAACUCUUGCUACAAUUUGAGCGAGACGACGGACAAGUUGGGAUUCUCAAAGGAGAUCAGAUGA